CCGGUUACACAGUCUUUUUUUGGUUUUCCCGUAUCCGCCAUUUCAGUUUUUGAACUUAGUUGACGUCGGCCGUUGUAGCAUAUGUGGAAUUUGGACCCUAAAACUUGUAUUUUAUCUAUUAAUAGCGCGGAAUUCUCUUAUUCAACCUGACAGGAAUCGUUUUCUUUUUCUUUUGAGGUUGUGUGUCAGUGAGUUUUGAUGCCCAAACGGCCAUCUGCGGAUGUCGUCUGUUUCCUAAACGUGCUCUCGGCGCUAAAGUUUUGUAUGAGUUGAAGGCUCGGCGGGUGGAUCACGGGAGGGAGCACAGGAAAGGCCCGCUGACGCCUCGGCUUCGGAGUGCUUAUCAUGGCCGGCAAUUUUGACGCGGAGGACCGCGACAGCUGGUACUGGAAUCGGCUGGGUCGACAGGAGGCUGUGUCUCUGUUGCAGGGGCAGCGACACGGCGUGUUCCUGGUACGGAACUCCUUCACCAGCCCCGGCGACUACGUGCUCUCAGUGUCGGAGAACUCCAAGGUCUCGCAUUAUAUCAUCAACAGCAUCAGCAAUAACCGACAGUCCGGUCCAGCAAGUCAGGCCCAUCUGAGGUUCCGUAUCGGCGACCAAGAGUUUGACGCACUCCCUGCUCUGCUGGAAUUCUACAAAAUCCACUACUUGGAUACCACCACACUAAUAGAACCCAUCAACAAGUCCAAACACACCUCCUAUAUCAGCGUCGGCCCUGGUGGAGCCAUUCCACCCCGUCUGGAAGAUGAGUACGUACGAGCGCUUUUCGAUUUUCCUGGCAACGACGAAGAGGAUCUUCCAUUUCGGAAGGGUGAUAUUCUCCGUGUUCUCGAGAAGCCAGAAGAGCAGUGGUGGAAUGCUCAGAACUCUGAGGGCAGAGCAGGGAUGAUCCCAGUUCCGUACGUGGAGAAGUACCGACCCGCAUCUCCUAAUGCGGUGGUUGCAUCCUGUGUACCUGGAGGUCCACCAGGAGGAGUGGGAAUGUUGGGGAACUCUGACGGCUCUGCAGCACCGCUACUAGGAGAUCCCAGCCAGUAUGCCCAGCCUACCCCACUCCCAAACCUCCAGAACGGACCUGUCUAUGCCAGGGCUAUACAGAAGAGGGUGCCAAAUGCUUAUGACAAGACGGCCCUGGCUUUAGAGGUGGGCGAUAGGGUGAAAGUGACCAAAAUAAACGUCAACGGCCAGUGGGAGGGGGAAUGUAAAGGAAAGUGUGGCCACUUUCCCUUCACACAUGUCAAACUGCUGGACCAGCAUAACGCUGAGGACGAACUCAGCUGAGAGUGGACGAGCGGGUGCAAACUGGACACUAGUAUUAGACCCUGCUUUCCCGCUUGUUUUUAAUGGCCACCACCUCACAUCUAUUACCUCCACUAAGUACAGUUUCGCUCAAUCACUACGAAAUACUACAAACUGACAUGUUCCUGACAGUGCAACACAUUCACCUCCUGGUCUCACCAUCUGAUUCAAUGCGAACCAAAAGGUGGUCCACACAUUUUGCAAAGUUUCACUGUCACUGUACUGACACGCCUGUACACUGUUUGCAGAACUCCUCCUUUUUUCAUCCUGUGUUUGAGCUGGUAGAUAAUAGUUCACUCUCCUCAAUUUCCUGUUUUAGGCCAUGGCCAUCAGUACAGUCGGAAAAGAACGUAAAGAUAGUUGGUUAUACUUGUUUUCACAAAAUGUCAGACAUUUCUUAGUACUGUAUUUUCCGGACUGUAGAGCGUACUGGAAUAUAAACCGCACCAAUUAAAUAAAAAAAAGUUUUACAUACAGUACAUUAGCCGCACUCGAUUAUAGGCCUGUACGUUGUGAAAUGAGAUAUUUACACAAAAUAUGCAAGAAGGCGCCAGCGCCCCUCGCGACCCCGAAAGGGAAUAAGCGGUAGAAAAUGGAUGGAUGGAUGCAAGAACGCCCCUGAUGGCCCAUAGCUGAGAACAUUCCAUAGAUAUGCAGCAUCAUUGUAAAAGUUGCAGGGUGCAAAGCAUAGGAAAAAAAGUAGCGGCUUGUAGGGCUGUCAAAAAAUAAAUAUAUUUUUAGUCUGUCCUGUCCAGCCACUAAGCCAAAUCAUAUUGUUGAUGUAGAUGCUUAUAUCUGCUGUACAGACUUUAGAAAAGAGAAAUGUUGGAUACUUCUCAUGUUGUCUUAUUUGUAUUUGACUUUACUUAAAGGGGAACAUUAUCACCAGACCUAUGUAAAAGUCAAUAUAUACCUUGCAGAAAAAAGACCAUAUAUUUUUUUAACCGAUUUCCGAACUCUAAAUGGGUGAAUUUUGGCGAAUUAAACGCCUCUCUAUUAUUUGCUCUCGGAGCGAUGGCGUCAAAACGUGACGUCACCUAGGUAGUCAACGCCAUUUUUUUUCUCAAACACAUUACACGCAGCAAGUCAAAUCAGCUCUGUUAUUUUCCGUUUUUUCGACUUUUUUCCGGUACCUUGGAGACAUCAUGCCUCGUCGGUGUGUUGGCAGAGGGUGUAACAACACGAUCAGGGACGGAUUCAAGUUGAUUUACGUAGAAUGUGCAUCGAUUAGCACGGCAUGCUAAUCAAUGCUAACAUGCGAUUUAGGCUAGCUGUAUGUACACAUUGCAUCGUAAUGCCUCAUUUGUAGCCAUAUUUGCAUCCAGCCUUUCCCUCCAUCCACAUUUAAUGCCAAACAAACACUUACCAAUCGACGGAUUUAAGUUGCUCCAGUGUCAAGAGAUGCGAAAGUCCCUUGUUUGGUCCGCACAUUUUACCGGCGAUGCUACGACAGACAUGGCACAGAGAUGAAUGGAUACCCUGCGACACUCAAAGCAGAUGCAUUUCCAACGAUAAAGUCAACAAAAUCACAAAGGUGAGUUUUGUUGAUGUUAUUGACUUAUGUGCUAAUCAGACACAUUUGGUCGCGGCAUGACUGCCAGCUAAUCGAUGCUAACAUGCUAUUUAUUGACUUAUGUGCUAAUCAGACACAUUUGGUCGCGGCAUGACUGCCAGCUAAUCGAUGCUAACAUGCUAUUUAGGCUAGCUGUAUUUGCAUCCAGCGGUUCCCUCCACCCACAUUUAAUGCCAAACAAACACUUACCAAUCGACGGAUUUAAGUUGCUCCAGUGUCACAAGAUGCGGAAGUCCCGAUCGUUUGGUCUGCACAUUUUACCGGCAAUGCUAAGGCAGACAUGGCCGAAUAACGUCAAUAGCUAUUCGCUCAAUAGCUUCAGUUUCUUCUUCAAUUUCGUUUUCGCUAUCUGCCUUCCAUACUCCAACCAUCCGUUUCAAUACAUGCGUAGUCUGUUGAAUCGCUUAAGCCGCUGAAAUCCGAGUCUGAAUCCCAGCUUAUGUCGCUAUAUCUUGCUGUGGUAUCCGCCAUGUUUGUAUUGGCAUCAUUGGAUGACGUCACAGUAAAAUGGACGGUGGCUUCGCAGAUACCGAAAAUCAGGCACUUUAAAGCCUUUUUUUCGGGAUAUUCCGGGAUGGGUAAAAUUUUGAAAAAAACUUCGAAAAAUAAAAUAAGCCACUGGGAACUAAUUUUUAUUGGUUUUAACCCUUCUGAAAUUGGGAUAAUGUUCCCCUUUAAUGUUUGUGUAGCAUUUUAUUAAACAAAUCCAGUUUUCUUUUUAGUAAUGUAGAAAUGUAUCAGAGCUGUUUAUUUAUAGAGGGAUGUAGUUGAUCAUAGAACCGACACCCAAUGUUAGCAAAAAAGUAGUAUUUUUGAAUGCAGAAUCAUGUGGCGCCCAAAGAUUCACAGACCUAGCGGCUUAUAGUCUGGAAAAUACGGUACAUUCGUUGGUACAUUGUCUUUCAGUAUGAACCCUAAAUGAUGAAUGAAUGAAUUAACUGAAUGUAGACCUUUGCUGUAUUGGUUGAUUCAGUUUUACGGGGUCCUAUUAUGCAAAAACAACUUUUUUUGUGUUUUUGCGAUCCCCAAAAGUCCUGAAAAUUUGAAAUCAAGCCAUGAUGGCAUGGCGUAGAUAUUUUUUAAACAACCUUGCCUUUUUCAAAUCUUACACCGAAUGAUAUGUUUGGAAUUUGAGAGUAUAAGUGUAUUUUGCCUUUGUUAUGUCAGCAGAUAUCUCCAUAGAAAGUUACCCAAAGAGCCAUUUUUUAUUCAGUCCAAAGGUGGAGUCAGUAAGUUCCUUAUUUUUCUCUAUCCUUUUGUUGUGGGGCAGACUGUCUCGUAAAUGCACAUGCAUGCUAAAAUCCUCCAUUGUUGCCAUUUCUAACUAAAAGUAGCGUACAGUUUCAACUUGUAUCUGUCAAUAGGCUCGCUAAGGAAGCGCUAAAAACUACAACAUGGCUGACGGGGUGAAGACUCAGUCGAAGGUGGCUUGGUCUGGACGAGGGCGCCGCGUCGGUAAGACCGCCCAUUCUGAAGAGAGAGUCAGAAAACAGCUUAAAGAUGGUCUGUAAAACAAAAACUAUUCACAAUUUUGACAAAGCACCACCAUUACAUGUUUUGUAGACCACCAGGAAGUGUUUUAAAUGUAGAAAAAAAUCACAAGAUGACCCCUUUAAUCACUUUUAGCCCUGGCAGAAAAGGUUUUUGUUUUACUUUGUUUUAUUGGAGUUAAUAUUAGAGUGCAGUCAAACCUGUUUAAGUCAACAACUUAUCAAAGUUGUGGUCCACCAUGCUCUUAUUACUAAAAAAAUACUUGUUUCAUGGAUAUGAAAUUUGAGACCCAAAAGGGUCACUUCUUUGGAAGACUAACAUCAUUAAUGCACAUAUGUGAUUUUUGUCCUUAUCAAAGUCAUUAAAAAAAAAAAAAAAGGGGGUGUGCGGGGUAACAGUAAAGGAAAAGCCACUUAUUAUAUCGCAGUAGACCGCUCUUUUAUCGACCCUUUCUGCAAACCAUCAAAAUGCAUCCAUCUAAAAUGAACACAAAUGGAGGAAAACAAUGUCAACAAACUGCCGUAGUUUAAAAAAUAUUUGAUCGCCCAUUCUCCUUAUGUUCCUGGUCUAAGUCACAAGCCAUGACCAUUUUCGCUUAUGUCGACAACAGCUUAUGUUAUCGCAAGUCUGCAAUCCAAAACAUGUCGACCUAAACUGGUUCCACUGUAUUGAGAGAGCAGCGUUAACCUAGCACAGCUUACCCGACUUGCAUUGACUUCUCGUUCAGUAAAAAUAAAACUAUUAUAUAGCUCUCUUUUCUUUGACUGCUUUAUGUAAUGAAAUCCAUUAUGUUAAUAUUUAAGCUACAUUUAAACCAGUGUGAGUGUCUUUCCAAAGGACACGACAGCAAUUACUUUGAUGGCAGAAGCAGGAAUCGAACCUGGAACCCUCAAGUUGCUGGCACGGCCGCUCUACCAACCGAGCCACACCGGCACAAGCAUGGCAGGUACCACUGCAACAAAUAAAAUACACCCAAACUUCGAUAGCUUCAAAGUGGUAUUUGGUCUCUGGUCAAAUCCACAAGCAAAUAAGCAAGCAAUGACUAGUUUGAUUUAGAGUUUGUUUAGGUUGAUGAUGCCCCUUGGACUGCCUGACUAACGUCGACGUAAACUGUACUAAGAUAAAAAGAGUCACAAGGAUUCUGCACACAAGGAUUCUGCACUGUCGACCCCAAAAAAUUUCACGGAUUCGUCCCACAAAAGUUGACACGUUUUUAUUUUCAUGGAGCUGAUCAAAAUUAACCCAAAUGGUCAAAUAUUCACACUUUGGAAAUGAGAACCAACAGCAGUAUUACAUUUUAGCAUUCACACUCCAAGUAGUAUUUAUAUUAUUAGGUUAACCUUUUAGUUUCAUGUUAAACUAUUCUUUAGUUGGCUCAUGUUUUUUGUUUUGAGGUUUUCUUCCCCAGCUGAUUUUGAUCGUAAGUAUAUACCAUUGUUCACACUUUGUACUAUUGCAUGUGAUCUUUCUUAGUAUAGUCUUUAUUUUUUAAGUAACUUCGACUUCUCAUUUCAAGUUCUCCCUGUCCUGACAAUCUUGACCUGGCUCACUCUCACUACACAGGCAGGACUGUAUUUAAGAUUAAGAAUGGAGGUUUCUCACCAGGGCCCACAUUUCUGUCCCCUUCACCUAGUCACCCUUUGAGUGGAACUACAACAUUAUUCAGAGGUCAAUAUCAUGGGAAACCGUGCUUCUGAGAUUAAAUUAGGUGGGGUUUUAUAAUUGAACGCACUUAAUGCUUUUACACUAAUUUUUUGCAUCUGUCAACAUGCCUGUUUUUAUUGAUCUACUGAAGAAGUGUACAGGUGCUUGACUAUUGAAUUAAAGCUACCAAUAAGUGUUUUAAAUAUUUAUACAAGAAACCACGCUUAAGCAAAAAUGCCACUGGGAACUGUCAAUAGCCGCUGUGUCAUUUUAUUAAAACACUAUAUUCUUUUGAGGCAAUUGUCAUUAACUUUUUUUAUUUUCUGUAGCAUGUGAUGUGUAUACUAGUAAAUAAAGUACAACUCAUGAGAAAAA